AAGCCGCGGUAGUGCGUGUGCGGUUCGUGUCAUUUUUGUCUCUCGGUUGAAGACACGUGAAUGCAACCACGUGGUUCAGUGCAUGACACAAGAGCUGGAGCUACUCGCGAAAACUGCGCCUAGGUGACAGUGACAAGUUUUCGGAACCGCGACGGGACUCCGGGUUUCCGCAAUCCGCAGCCGUGGACACGAGAACAACCGUCAACCUGGAGCCCACGUGUCAAAAACGACGGAAAUGUGAGGCUGAUGGGAAGGAGGCGAAGGCAGAGCUGACGGCGCAACGCAAUAUGUUCCCUAGCGCUCAAAUUAAAAUGAGAUUGCUGUCGCCAAGCAGUUCGCCGGCCACCUCGCCCACGAUGUCGAAUUCCUCAUCGCCAACACCACCGACGCCGGCGGCCCCGGCUUACAACCAGAAGAUGACCGGUAUUCCUUGUGUAGCAGCCGCUUCGAGGUAUACCGCACCGGUCCACAUCGACGUCGGUGGCACGAUAUACACGUCCUCCCUCGAGACUUUAACGAAAUAUCCAGAAUCCAGGCUAGCAAAAUUGUUUAAUGGCAGCAUCCCCAUCGUUCUGGACUCGCUAAAACAACAUUACUUCAUCGAUAGAGACGGCGGUAUGUUCCGGCAUAUACUGAAUUUUAUGCGAAAUUCCCGGCUGCUGAUACCCGACAACUUCGCCGACCUAGAUUUGCUGCUGGAGGAAGCGCGAUACUUCGAUAUUGCGCCGAUGUGUCGACAAUUAGAACAAAUGAAAAAAGAGCGCAUAAAGAACGGCUCGACAACGAUGACCACGUCCUCGCCGAGUCCUCCGCCCUCUGGUCAGCUCGGCGGUCGCGGCACCGCCUGCACUACCGCGCCGUGCAAUCGCGAUUCCGAAAAAAUGCGCAGCAACGACGGUAAUUGCAGCUACGAGUGCGUGGCAUUACACGUCAGUCCAGAUCUAGGCGAGCGGGUGAUGCUAUCGGGUGGACGGGCAUUGCUGGACGAGGUCUUUCCGGAAACCACACAGGCGGUGAUCGACGCGCGUUCCGGUGUCGCCUGGCACCAACAGGACGCCCGUCACGUCAUCCGGUUCCCGCUGAACGGUUAUUGCAAGUUGAACUCCGUUCAGGCGAUCACCAGAUUGCUGAACGCCGGCUUCCGGGUGGUGGCGAGCAACGGUGGCGGUGUCGAGGGCCAGCAGUUCUCGGAGUACCUGUUCAUCAGGCAGGCCGUCAACACUUGACGGAGUACGGCGCAGCAGCGCAAAACGAUCUCCCGGUCGAUCCGCUAUCUGCAGCAUGAUUACGAUCUGGAGUGAGUGUCCAGGAGAAUUUCUCAAGACUGCAUCGCGGAUAAUAUGGUUAUUCUGACGAAACACGAAACAUCUCGAUACACGGAUAGAAGGCUGACGACCGUAAUCGCAACUUGAUGCCAAAAUACAUGUGGCGGUACGGAGUCUUCGAUUUAGGUUUCUCAAUUCAUGUCAAACAUUUUGAACCAAAGAAGAAAUAAGGAAAUUCCGUCAAUACAAAUGUAAAAAAGUUGAACAAUUUAUGUUAAUUUACAUUUAAAAAAAUAAUUUUAUCAAACAAAAACAAUCUUUACGCGACCGUAAAUUACAAAAAUUAUUUAUAUAUAUUUCUGACUUGGUCCAGGAUGGCUGACAUAGCAGAGGAUAAUUAAUUGUUCAUUCCGAUUGGUAAAAUUAUUGACGCGGCGCAAACUGCAAAUUAUUAGUCGUAAAUUUAUAUAAUAAAUUUAAUAAUUUAUAUAAAAAAAUUAAAAAGCGACUCCCAUUUUACUCCCAUUUUACUGUCUAAUGCGCGAACCGAGAUAUGUUCUCUUGUGGAAACAAAUUAUAAAUAUGAUUUAAAUAGACUAUUAUUCAUUGCGAUAAAAAUUAUAUAAAUCAUUGCAGAUAUUUUCAAAAAUAAAUGUGAUAAAAUAUACAUUACUUUAUUCGAUUAUACUUUAUGAUAACUAUCACACACUGAUUGUAAGUCAGAUCUAAAAAGUGAUGACUGAACAGUAUAUACCAAGCCUAACGAUAUAUCAUGUGAUCUACAGCAAAGCCUAAGCCAUAACAUUAAUCGCACACGCACUUCUGUGUCCUCUUUUUCGUUCAUCGUUCGUAAAAAUGCACGUCUCAUCGAAAUGAAAGGCAUAGCCAUUACGCAGCUUAAAAACUGAAUCAACAAUAUAUCAUAUUGUCUUCUGCAUGCUUUUAAUACUAUCAGGAAUGGAACGCGCAAUUGUAAACAUCGUUGUUCAUUCCUCGUGUUACGAUCAGCGAUUUGCGUUUAAAAAUAUCGAAUGCGCCGAUUUUUAACAUUGUUAUUAUUUAAUAAAGUGUACCUAUAUGUAUUUAAAUGCCAUACUAAUUACUGUAAAUACCGCGAAUAAAAGUGUAUAUACAUACACAUAGACAUAAAUAUAUAUGAAUAUAUUAUAAAUAUAAAUCUCACAUUAUACACAUGAUAUAAGAAAGAAUCAGCUACGACAACGAAAGAUGAGUGACGCACACACACACACAAACAAACAAAGAAACAAACACACACACACACACACACAUCACCUCGAUUAUAUUGAAAGUUAGCUAAAAUUUAAGUUUUCAUCGAGAUAAUCUGAUAUAAUCCAGCACGAAGACGAGAAGAAAGCAGCAGGAGAAAAAUAUUAAGUUCUUCUGAGAUAAGCACCGUUAAAAUUAUAGGUGUCCUUUAAACGACGUUUCAAUUAUUAAGAAUUAAGAAACGAAAUAUAACUGCUAAGAAAUCUUAUAAGUAUCAUUCCAAC